UGUGCAUGUCCAAAUCCUAUGGAAUUUGACUGAUAGGACAUAUUUUUAAUUUUUUUAGUGGUUUGAUUUUCUGGAUUUGCUUCAUUUUCAUAAUUUAUGUCACCAAUUCUAUCUGUCUGUACUUAUAUAAGGAUUGGAUUUGAUAGCUUUUUUUAUAUAUUUUUUUCUUUAAUGAGUGAAAGUUACAGCUUUAAAUAGGGUUUGUUGGUUCUACUAAAUAUUGAACAAAUUGUUAUGCAGGAAAAUAUUUCUUGCUUCUUGCUGUUUCUUGAAGAUAAGGAGAAAAAAUAAGCUUAUUUAUUCAAGAAUGUUGGAAAAUUAGUUAUAAUUCUUGAAAGGGCACAAAAAAACUCAAGAAUUAGUGAUGAAGUUUAUGAAACUUGGAUCUCGGCCGGAUACUUUCUACACUGCUGAAGCUGUUAGGUCUGUCUCCUCUGAAGUCUCUAGUGACCUUAUAAUUCAAGUGAAAGGAAGUAGAUAUUUGCUACAUAAGUUUCCUCUGCUUUCGAAGUGUUUGAGAUUACAGAGACUAUGCUCUGAAUCGCCCGAAUCGUCGCAGCAUCAGAUACUGCAAUUACCGGAUUUUCCGGGCGGAAUUGAGGCAUUUGAAAUCUGUGCAAAGUUCUGCUACGGUAUAACAAUUACUCUCAGCGCUUAUAACAUUAUAGCUGCGAGAUGUGCUGCUGAGUAUUUGCAGAUGACGGAAGAUGUCGAAAAGGGUAAUCUUAUUUACAAGAUUGAGGUUUUCUUCAAUUCUUGCAUACUUCAAGGUUGGAAAGAUACAAUUGUUACCUUACAAACCUCGAAAGCGUUUCCGUUAUGGUCGGAAGACCUUGGAAUUACGAGUAGAUGCAUCGACGCGAUUGCCUCUAAAGUCGUGAAUCACCCGUCGAAAGUAAAUUUGUCACACAGUUAUUCAAGAAGGGUAAGAGAUGAUGUGUCGUGUAAUGGAACCGAGAGUCGGAGGCAUAAGCCGACGAGCAACGGUUGGUGGGCCGAGGAUAUGGCGGAAUUAGGGAUAGAUUUGUAUUGGAGGACUAUGAUUGCUAUUAAGUCUUGUGGGAAGAUACCGUCUAAUCUCAUCGGUGACGCAUUGAAACUUUAUGCCGCGAGAUGGCUCCCUAACAUUUCGAGACCAGGAAAUGCUAGUAAUGGCACAAAAGGAUCGGAUUCGAAUUCUGACUCGGAUAAUAAUGAGAUGAGUUCAAAGCAUAGGUUGCUGUUAGAGUCAAUAGUGAGUUUGUUACCGGCAGAUAAGGGUUCUGUAUCUUGCAGUUUCCUGCUGAAACUACUGAAAGCUGCAAAUAUUCUUAACGCUUCGAGUUCUUCGAAGAUUGAAUUGGCGAAACGAGUAGGGCUUCAAUUAGAGGAAGCAACUGUUAGUGAUUUAUUAAUACCCAACUUUUCAUAUGCAAAUGCUACUAUAUAUGAUGUAGAUAUGGUGAUGACCAUAUUGGAGCAGUUCAUGUUACAAGGGCAAAGUCCUCCGACUACUCCUCCGAGAUCCAAGUUCGGGUACGAAAGGCGAAGAAGGUCUCGUUCCGCCGAGAAUAUAGAUUUGGAGUUUCAAGAAAGUAGAAGAUCUUCUUCUGCAUCCCACAGCUCCAAGUUGAAAGUAGCAAAGCUAGUGGAUGGGUAUCUUCAAGAGAUUGCAAAAGAUUUGAAUUUGCCUCUUUCGAAAUUUAUUACCAUUGCCGAGACCAUUCCGGAGUUCGCAAGGCUUGAUCAUGAUGACCUAUACAGAGCUAUUGACAUUUAUCUCAAGACACAUCCAGACCUAAACAAAACCGAAAGAAAACGGCUGUGUCGAACCUUGGACUGCAAGAAACUAACUGUUGAAGCCUGUAUGCAUGCUGCACAAAAUGAGUUACUCCCAUUAAGAGUAGUAGUUCAAGUUCUAUUUUUCGAGCAAGCACGAGCGGCUACAGCGGGCGGCGGCAAACUCGCCGAUCUGCCUAGCAACAUCAAGGCACUUUUAGCUACACACAACAUUGAUCCUUCAAGAUCAACAGCAGCAUUAAGCACCACUGCUAGCAUUCCGGCAGAGGAUCAAUGGAGCGUCUCGGGACUUAAAUCGCCUCGCUCUAGGCUCUCGACUCUACGGAUGAAGUUAGCUGAGGAUGAUUAUUUGGAUGAUAGCGAUCUGCAAUCGAAUGGAACCGCUAGAAACUCUAAAUUUAAAGCUUUUCGGGCUAUUCCGGCUCAGCCUAAACGAAUGUUCAGUAAGCUAUUGUCAAUCAAUAGAAAUUCUGCUGCCAGUGAAAAGAACUGAAAUUUUUGUAUGGUCAUUUCAAUUUCAACAUGUAAUUUGUAAUUUGUAGCUGAAGAAAAAAACAAUCUUAAUGUGCAAUAUUGAUGUAAUCUAAGAUAAUAAGAAUGAAGAUUUUCAGGACAA